CUCCAUAGCAGUCUGCUCCUCUCUAGCUAUGCAGGAACAGGUGGUGUUACUCGCUGCUGUGUCCCUACUGGGGGUGUUGGAACAAGCUUACUUCUCUCUCCAGGUGAUCUACGCCCGGAGGAAGUACUCUGUUCCCCCCCCUGCCACCUCCGGUCACCCGGACUUCGAGAGAGUUUACAGAGCUCAGGUUAAUUCUUCAGAGUACUUCCCCAUCUUCCUCACGGUGUUAUGGGUGUCCGGAGUGUUCUUCAGCCAAGGUGUGUCUUCGCUGUGUGGUCUCCUGUACCUGUGUGGACGCUUCUGUUACUUCACAGGCUAUGCAAAGUCAGCGCAAGGAAGACUGGCCCCGUUGUACUUCAGUGCCAAGAUUCUCUGGGUUCUCAUCGUGUUCUCCUCCCUGGGCGUGCUAUGCUCGUUGUUCCGUUUCCACCUCGACAUGGACCUUCCACAGCUGGUUCUUCGGGGUCUGGUGGAGUAAGCGGCACGAGGGACGAAGCUGUUCAUCUGGAUGAUAUUGGAAAAGGCACUUGUCAAUCAACAGUCGAGAAAUCGUUUGCGUUUUGAUAUUUAAAUACCAUGGUGUUAUGGCCACUACACUAGAUGGCGCCAUAGUCUAUGUGAUGCCUUUUCAGAGUUUCGGGGGGGGGGGCUAUAUUCCAGAAAUUAUAAAAUAGUUUAUUUUAUUGAACUGUCAAUUGACUGUCACAAAGGUGUGUUUUAUUAAAAGUACAUUUUACAUAUUGAA